GAUGCGAUGAUCAGCGGACUGUACUACCGCCCGGUAUAUAUAUUAUAGCCUAGGUGUAAAUACUUUUCCAAAUGAUCUGCGAAUUGGAGACUAAAUUACUCCUAAUCAGAAGGCCGAGAAGUUUGUGUUGAGAUUCGUUCUUUUGCUCUGGAUUCAUAAAAGACGAGAUACAUAUUUUAGGAUGAUCAUGAUGCUUGCUUUUCUACUGUUGGCAUGUUUCUCUUUGUCUGCUCUUGGACAGACUUGCAACCCUCCUACCUGUUUUGUGAAUGGGACACGGGAAAUUCAGUGUCAAAGCUGUCCAUUUGGUUUUGGAGUAGUAGUGGAAAAUCGGGAGCCCUUGCUAUGUAGCAGUUCUCCACCGAGGAACACCAAGUGUGAGCCAUGCGUAUCUGGAGUCAAUUACUCUGAUACAAAUGAUCAAGAAAGCAAAUGCUUGAGAUGUCUAGAGUGCCGUAUUGACAAGGAAGUAGAGUUUAAACCAUGCACAACGGAAUCUAAUACAGUAUGUAUCUGUAAAGAGGGGGAGUAUUACUACAAUGAUGGUCUUGAUUCCUGCUAUAAGUGCACAGAUUGUGGAGAGGAUGAAGAAGAGACAAGUCCAUGCACUCCUACUGAAAACCGAGAGUGUGGACCUAGGAGAAGUCCUCCUGUUACCUCACCUGCUCCUGUCCCCUCACCAUCUUCUGUCUCUCCAGUUUCCCCAAUAGUCAACAGGACUUCACCAACCGUCAACCCCAGCCCAAAGACAAUUGGUACUGGAGAGUCAACGAAGCCUCAACCAGGUGUAAAUUCCUUAUCGGGAGGAAUGAUUGCUGUCAUUGUAUUACCUAUAUGUAUCGUCGGAGUCAUCAUUAUCGUAGUUGUAUGUAUGAGACGGGACAGAGAGGGUGCAUGUUCACUCAAUUGUAACUGGCAUAUACGCCAAACUAAUCAAGCACCUCUUCCAACAGUAUACUCAACAAAUGGGACUAAUGGGAUAAACAGAAUGAAUGGACAUGUUCCGAUGCAUGCUAGUUCUAGUACAUCUAUCCAUAUGCAAGUUAUUCCUAAUGGGGCUGCCCUUCCUUGCAAUGGACACCGAUCAGACGAGGAAGUAGAACAUCAGCAGUCUGUAGAAGAUGCUCUGGAGCUUACAGCAGACCAGUUGAGGCAUUUAAUCAGAGCACUAGACCAACCUGAUCAUGCUGACCGAAAUGUUCACAUGCUUGCUGGUCAAUUCUUAUCUGAUGAGACGAACGCUCUACUUUCAAGUGAAGUGUCAGCAGCAGAAGUCUUAGAGGUUUGGGUCAACCGGGGGAAGACAAAAGGAGACUUGGUUCAAGUGCUUAGAGGAAUGGGAAGAGAUGACAUUGCUGCAAUAUGCGAGGAAGGCUCAUGAGAAACGGCAGAUCUCACAGAUCCGUUGAUGGAGAGAAAACGAAUGUCACACAGACUUUACAAGGAUUUGCAAUUUGGAAGUUUAGAAACUUCUUGUAUAUUUUUGAGGAGUAUUGCAGUCCUAUGUUGUGUGGCUGUUAAUGACUCAAGGAUCAUGUAUGGAUCUGUGAUUUUCAGAAGUGCUUCUGCUCCCAUGUAGGAGUCAGCAGAUAUUUUUCUCUAUCGAGAGGGGAUUAUACUUCAAGCAGCUGAUGAAGCAAGUGGAACUUAAUGCAG